CAAUUGGCUGCGCAAUCAACAAUUUCUAUUUUCCUUCUUUGUUUGUAAAUUUGUAUAAAAAUUGCUAAGUGUUGUUUCGUAUUAAUAACUUAAAAUAACAUUACCAGUGAUAUUUUAGGACGAUGUCUUCUAUGGAUUUUGAUCUCUAGCACAAAAUAGUGUUUGUUCAGUUUUUGUAGGACAAGUGAAGUGGACGCAAUCUUGGCCCAACUCAUAACAAGCUAAAAAUACUUUUGCUUCGUUAUAUAGCGAUUUGUAAACUAAACUUUCUUUUCUUAUUUGUGAUGUACCCGCAUUCCAUCAGCGCUGAAGAAGAACAGAAGACGAAUCUGAUUCCGAGUGUGAAGCUUCUUCAUUCCAAAAGAAAAGGAAUAUUCAUACACCCGUCGGCUAUGUACAGAAGUAGUGCACCCAGCUGCACGAAUAAUUUUACAGUUUCAAUAGCAAGAAGUUUGUGUGGGUAAAGUCUUGCUGCGUAGUAAAUAGAGAAACUGAAAAAAUGAAACUCUUGGAGAGUGGUCGUCUGGAGGCCUUGAGUAGCGCCCUGUCAAUUCUGAACGGUGAUAGCGCUGUUCAAAGUCGCGUAGAGAGCUACAGUUGCAAGAUGGCUGGAACUGAGAAAGCUUUCUACAAACGCUUCACUGCUGAUGGAGAGACCUCCCGUGACCUGCAAGCCCUGUCUCCACCUGAAGGGGUCAUGUAUAGUCGGAGCUUGUCUGGAGAUGAGGAUGGUGUGCUGUGCGACACCAUCUCACGGAAGACACUCUUCUAUUUAAUUGCAACACUGAAUUCUGCCUUUCCAGAUUAUGAUUUUUCAAUGGCAAAGAGCAGCGAGUUCAGUGCGGAGCCGUCGCUGAGCUGGGUGCAGGGUGCGGUGGACGGCGCGCUGUCGCCGGUGGGCGGCGCGCGCUGGCGCGGGCUCCGCGCGGCGCUGUGGGCCGCCGUCGACGAGGAGGUGGCGCUGCCCGAGUGCCGCAUCUACAGCUACAGCCCCGAUCUGGCCAGCGACCCCUUCGGCGAGCCUGGCUGCCUCUGGGUCUUCAACUACUUCUUCUACAACAAGAAGCUCAAACGGAUUGUUUUUUUCACUUGCAGAGCUAUGAGCCCAGUUUGCGCGGUCGACUCUGGUGUUGAUUUUGCUAUGGACGAAGAUGAGGAGUAUACCUAACUAAAUAAUGGUUUUUAAAGUUGUUUACUGUUAAUAAGUAAGAUGUGCACCUCUUAUAUACUUUAAAUAUUAACAAUAUUGUUAACGUGACACUUAAUUUUAUCAAUACAUGGGCAACUAUUUUUGCAAUGGAUGGUUCUACACUUAAAAACUAAUUGAUUAUUUUACCCAUAAGUUACAUAACUCAUAAGUUUGUUCAACAUUUUGAAGUUGACUGAGGAUUCAACGAAAUACAGAAGUAAUUUCGGUGUACUUUGGAGGUGGAAUAAUAUAGUGAUGGUAUUUUGUAGAAAAGGUUGUAGCUUUAUUUUCCGGAAUCUUCUCUUUUCUCAAACUGUCAAAAUUGUAACGUUUUUAUUAUAAAUGUGAUGUAAGAUUUAGCAUAGCUUUAUAAUGUUUUUAUUUUAAUUAUACUUUAUCAUUAUUUUAGCAUAUAUUUAAUCUGCAAAUAUUUCAGUUUGCCGGUCUUCAUGCGAAUGCAGUGGCCGCGAUGCGAGCGGGACAUCGUUAUUGACAUGCUUAGCGUUGUCUCGCCUGCACAUCGAAGUGGCGGGCGGAAACCGCAUCGGCGUGAUAGCGCGUCACUGUUCAUGUUCUUUGUAACCACUUUUUUUUAGUCAGCUAUGAGCCUCGUGAGCCCUAAGAUGGUAUUUAGUGACCCCAGGGGACCACAGCGAAUAUUGAUAUACAUUGACUGUGUUUCUAUAUAUCGCUCGAAUAGUGCAGGAGCGAUAGAGGUGAAGAUCAGCAUUCUUCAAAUAAUCGCGGUGGCCGUCCAAACGCAUAUAUUACUGACAUGUCAAAUUAGAUAGUCCAAGGAAUGCAAGGAAAACUCAUAGGUGGAGAGCCGGCGAUGCUAAAUGUGAUGUUACUCGAGCGUCCUAGAGACCUAUUGGAAUCGAAAGAUAGAUGAUAAGAAGAAAAAAGGUUAUAUAAAGUUUUCUUUUCCAGCGAGAAGGAAAACGACUACAGAUUUUUUUAAAUUUCGGGGGGUUGGUAGAUUAGAAAUAUUUAAGUAGAUUGUGGAAUUAGUCGUUUUGGUCCAAGUUAAUGCUAUAAUUUUUCUGUAAUUGAAUAUGGCACUUCUUUGUAUGCAUUUCCGUAAUCUGACGACUACAAGUUCAACGCCCGAUUUUCACAUUGUAACCGUCAGAUUAAGGAAAUGCGUACAAAUAAUCGUCAGAUUUAGUAAUAGCAUAAUUAUAGCAUUAAUUGGGACUAAAAUGACCAAAUCCACAAUUUGCUUAACGAUUUGUUGAACCCCCCACCAACCAACUGCUCAGCAUAGACGGCUAAAAGUGGUAAAGGUAGACUCCACGGGGUAGCAAGAUUCACUCAUAUCUUAAUGUGACGCGCUCGCGAUAGUUAUCCCUCUUGGGCUCCCCGACCAUCAUAGUCAUAUUUUGUAAAGUAUUAGGAAUGGUUCCUUCGAUUUCAGAUUUAAUAAUAAUGGCAUUAUACUUUCAGGUUCAAUUAUACAAACAAAUACUACACGCGAUUACAUAAAGAAUAUUGACCAGGUUCGAUUCCCGGUUAUGUAUGAGAGUUAAAAAAAAGUUUGAAUGUCAUUAUUAUUAAUUAAAUCUAAAAUCCACGCCAUGGUUCCUAAGAACAGAUUUCGCUAUCUCUCAUAGUUUCUGACUUCUCCAUACUGACCCAUUUGGAUUGAUCGCCCUGUAUAGUCUAUAUACAGUGGUGGAUUUGCAGUCUUUGCCGCCCUAUGCCCCAGGCUCUGUAGCAACUACUAGCCGCCCCUUUCUCAGCACGCAUCAUAUAGACUGCCACCCCUAAUGUCUUGCCGCCCUAGGCCCGGGCCUACUGGCUACAGUAAGCACUGGGCCUUAGGGCAAAUCCGCCACUGACUAUAUAGGUAUACAUUAGGUAAUUUUCCUCCGGGAUCUUGCACCACCGUACUUUAAUUUUCGUACUCUUCAAGCAAUUCCUGACUUCCCGGCCGUUGCUAAUAUUCCUCUAAACUCUAAAGCAUUGGAUUUGAUUGCCGCAUUUAAUAGAGUGGCAUUUCUUUUUCUUCUUUUUUAAUUACAUUGCUUAAACCUAUUUUGGUUUUCAUGUUAGUCACUCUUAAUUCAGAUUUACAGAAAAUUAAUGAAUUUUAGGAGUAAUCAAAUUUAUUUAUAGUUACAGAUAUUUCUGGUAUAGGGUGUAGAUUGUAGGUUUAGGUGUGACAUGUUAUAAAAUAUAAAUAAAAAAACCGAGUUAAGAUCUCAACGUUUCGUACCAAAAUGUAUAUUUAAUGUGAAAGUUCGAAACGAAUAGAUAUAACUACUACAUACUUGGAAGUAGUACUUACUGUCGUGUCGUUAUAGUUAAGUUAAAAAUCUCCAAAUAAUUAGCGACAACCAAGAAUGGUGUUUUUUUUUUUUGAGAUUUUAUGCUUGACUGUACUUUGGUGUUAAAAAACUUACUUCGGCUUUGGGAUGUGCGUGGUGCUUUAAUUAGAAUCGAUCUAAUUUCUACAUGUACAAUAAAUGUGUCCUUAUUUGUACUUUAACAACCUAAGUUUCACGUCUUAAAUCAGUAGAUUGCUGCCAAGUACAAGGCUUGUACGAGUACUACAAGCUCGUCAAGAAUAAAGCAUAUUUAUAAUGGCUUUUGCCUCAAAAUUACUCAAGAACAUGUUCAUGUUUCUGUUAACCCUUUAUAAGGCAUAACGGUUCAGCAAAAUUGAACCCUAUCGCUUUAAAAUAAAGUUCAAAAUCAGGUGGGAAAUAUAUUCCCUCUGCCUUACAAAGGGUUAAGUGUUUUGUUUUUGUAUGCGAGCGAGACUUGGCUUAUGAACUUGAAGUAUUAGCGUAAUGUGGAAAGCGGAAAACCAUAUUUUAAGUCACUUAGAGAUCCGCCUAUAUUUUAGGGCGUCACUUUCAAUAUUGUUAGCGACAUAAUUACACUGAAUUAUACAUUUUUUUCCGAA